UCUUUGUUGAACGUAUAGCGAAAACUUAACUUUGGUAAAAAUGAGAGUUUUCGCGACGAUACUUUCGCUGUGUUUCUGCUGGACUUUUGUCGCGUCAAGAAAAGACGAAGUCGAAGGUGAAUUUAAGCAUAAGGAAACUCAUCACCGCAGCUCCCAUGCAGAUAGUGAACUUGAAGUGCACACGGAAUUGCAUCGUUUUUCAAUUGAUUUGUCGAAAAUAAACAUCAAACCUAGCCAAUGCAGAAAUUCGGAGUUGCAUGGUUGUAAUCUCAGAAACCAGAAUGGAGAAUGCCGUUACAAUUUCUACUUUAUGCUAAAUCACUGCCCAUUGGAAUGCAGAUUUUGUGCUCCACCACAAAAGAAGAUGAAAAAACAUCGCGCAAAGUGUGAAGACAAACAUUGGCAGUGUCCGAUUUGGGCCAGUAAUGGAGAUUGUCUUCGCCUUCCACAGUACAUGAGGGAAGAAUGUAAAUCAAGUUGUAUGCUGUGUGGUGAAGAUAAAGACGGUGAACUUCGGUUUGACAAAGACACGCUAUGUCCAACGUGGGCAAGCGUCGGUUUGUGCAAAAUAAGCGACAACGUGAGAGAAGAUUGCAAACACAGCUGUAUUGUAUACAAAGAUGUUACAGUAGCCCCUGGCCUUAACCCAGACUAUGAAAAUGCAUUCUAUUACUAUCCAUUUUAUAUUUACCUACAAUAUACCACCCUAAGAAAGCCCUUACCUACAGUGCCCCCCACGGAGCACCCACCGACCGUCACGCCCGUUAUACCUACUUUACCACCAAAUUAUUCAACCUUGCCCCCAACUCGCACUCCUAUCACCCCUACGCCAGGGGCAGGACAAACAACCUUCACACCUACCAAAGGAGGAUCAAUCGAUGGAACUUCCUCACCUACCCAACCAUCAGAGCCAGAACCUACCCAACCACCACCAGAACCUGAACCUACUCAACCCCCACCACAACCUACCCAACCUCCACCCGAACCUCAACCCGAACCCCAACCUCAACCCGAACCUCAGCCACAACCCCAGCCACAACCCCAACCUCAACCAGAAUCCCAACCUACUGAUUUCCCUAACCCCCAACCCGAAGGGGGAGGUAACUUGGGGGGAGGUAACUUGGGAGGGGGCAAUGAAGUCCGAGACUCUUCCAAAGAAGCCACGUUCCCACAUCAUCAUCACGACGAAAAUCGAGAUGAAUCUCACGAGAGGAAACACCACAAGAAAAAUCACCAUAGACACCACAAGAAACAUCAUGAGAACCUGGAGGAACUUCGCAAAAAACAUCAUCAAAAACACAAGAAGCACCACCACAAGACACAACACAAGAAAAUCUUAGACAUCAUUACACGAAGCAACAUCGAAAACGUGAAAGCUAACAAAUGAAGUUUUGCAUGAAUGCAAAAAUUGUCUCUAAGCGAUUAAGAUUUGUUGACGUUUUUCAAGGAGAUAGAUAGUCAGAAAAUGUAGAAAACGUUGUCAUGUGUUAACUUUUGUAGUAUAAGUGAAAGGCAUUGUAGAGAAGAAGGGCAUUGGAAAUAAACUCUAUAAAAAUGUAA